AUGAGCACGGGGCAGCCAUUGGUGGAGCAGGAGCAGAUGUGUGUGGGGCAAACAUUGACAGCACAGACGAGUGUGGGCGACCAGAGGGAUCUAGCAAAGGCUAUGGGCGACCAGAGGGAUCUAGCAAAGGCUAUGGGCGACCAGAGGGAUCUAGCAAAGGCUAUGGGCGACCAGAGGGAUCUAGCAAAGGCUAUGGGCGACCAGAGGGAGGUAGCGAGGGCUAUGGGCGACCAGAGGGAGGUAGCGAGGGCUAUGGGCGACCAGAGGGAGCUAGCGAGGGCUAUGGGCGACCAGAGGGAGGUAGCGAGGGCUAUGGGCGACCAGAGGGAGCUAGCGAGGGCUAUGGGCGACCAGAGGGAGGUAGCGAGGGCUAUGGGCGACCAGAGGGAGGUAGCGAGGGCUAUGGGCGACCAGAGGGAGGUAGCGAGGGCUAUGGGCGACCAGAGGGAGCUCGCGAGGGCUAUGGGCGACCAGAGGGAGCUAGCGAGGGCUAUGGGCGACCAGAGGGAGGUAGCGAGGGCUAUGGGCGAUCAGAGGGAGCUAGCGAGGGCUAUGGGCGACCAGAGGGAGGUAGCGAGGGCUAUGGGCGACCAGAGGGAGCUAGCGAGGGCUAUGGGCGACCAGAGGGAGCUAGCGAGGGCCAUGCUUCAACUGGACGCACUCUCCUCUGCUGGCCUGCUCAUGGGCCUCCCUGCUGCUGCCGCUGCUCACUCUGCUGCUGCUGCUACUUCUUCUACAUCUGCUGCUGCUCCGUGCUCGUCUGCCCCCACUCGUGCCCCUCCUGCUUCUCCCUCCACCGUCUCCUCCCCCCGUUCUGCCCCCUCCUCUCGCCCCCCAUUCCCUCCCUUUCCUUCCCCAGCACCGCUCUCCACCACAUUCCCCCGCUCUUUCUCCACCCCUCAAGGCCGAAUCCCUGCUUUCUCCCCCUCUUUGUCAUCUCUCACUAAUUCUCUCCCAAAUACACUCCAGCCUAUCAACCCUUUCCCGCACAACCCUUCUCUUCCUCUCCCCACCUCCGCUUCUAUCUCUGUUCCCUCUACCUCCUCUGCUGCACCCACCAAUCACCCCCUCCCCUGCCUCUCUCGCUUCACCACAGUGUCAGCUUCCGACCAAUCAGCAGCCGGCGGUCUGACCACCCGGGCAGCUGAAAUUGCGAGUGGGGUGCAAAAUCUUUUCGACGCGCUCAUGCGCUCAGACAUCCUCCCUGCCCCCUCCGUUCCAUCCUUCUCAUCUCAACCGUCCAUUCCUGAUGCUACGCGAAGAUCGGCACCGUUGACCCAGCAUCCACAUCCCCAUCUCCCAUCCCCAUACCAUCCUGCCCCAAGUCAACCUCCCGCCUUCUCUACCCUCCCGCUUCCCCUCACAUCCUCUUCCCGAGCUCCUUGGGCUGGGGGGAAGAACCCAGGGAUGGCAGGAGGGGAGGUAAACGUGUCUAGUGUGUCAACCACAGGGCGUCUAGACGGCGGUGAGCUGUGGACUGGUAGAAGCAGUGGCACCACCGGAUCUGCUGGUAGCGCUGCUGCUGCUGGUGAUGCUGCUGCUGCUGCUGCUGCUGCUGCUGCUGCUACUCGUCCUGCUGCCUCUGGUAGUGCUGGCAGUGCACACAUCAUUGGAUCAGGCGGUUUUUGGCUGGAGGGGGGUCGCAGCGGGCAAGGCAUGCAGAGCCAGGGGGGACUGGAGGCCACUGCUGCUGUGCCUGGUGGCUUGGGGGGCGAGUUUGGAUCGACUCAACAGGGUGUGGGAAUUGGUGGAAAGUACGAGGAAGGAGAAGAAAUGGUUGGAGGGAGGGUGGAGGGUAUUGUUGUGAGAAACAGCGAGAAUGAGAGACAGGGUGCUGCCGGUGAUGAGGUUCGAAGGGAGGAAGAGGUUCCAAGGGAGAAAGUGGGUCAACAGGAGGACGAUAUGCGGGGCAGUGAUGUACAGGGAACAGUUGAGAAGAACAGUCACCAACCGCAAGAGGAGCAGAAGCAGGGUCGGCAGCACCAGCAGCAGCAGCAGCAGCAGCAGCAGCAGCAGCAGCAGCACCACCACCAACAUCAGCAGCAGGAGCAGCGGCGGGAGAACCGACAGCAAGAGAACCCGCAUCAGGAGAACCAGCAGCAGCAGGAGCAGCAGCAGCAGGGCCAACGGGAGGAGCAAGGGGAAUCAGCAGCAACAGGAAUGGAUGUUGAUGGUACAGUCAAGGAGGGUGGGCACGGAGGGGACGAGGAGCAAGAGACGACUUUUGAGGCGCCUCAAAAGCAAGGAGUGGGGGAGCAAGGAAGGGGCAAGGAGGGGGGUGGUAGGGAAGACAGUGGGGACAGGCAGGGGGAUAGGAAUCCUGUUGUUCGCCGAAGCUGCAGUGAUGGUGGUGGCAGGCUUGGUUCGGAAACUGGUUUGGAUAGGCGGUCCCCUCGCCCGGAGCAGCUACAGGUGGUUCGGCGGUGGAAUACCGGGAGGCUCGGCAGCUGGUCGGAAAGGAGCAGCUUGAGCAGUGGACAAUCUGGACCCCCAUCUCCUGGCGUGGCGGCCCGGCCUUGGGGGAUGAAAUCCCCUCUGCCAGGUGAAUCGCAGAAAACAGAUGCGGUACCGUCUCCGUCUCCCCGUGCUGCUGCUGCCCAGCCUUGGGGUUUGAAGUCGCCACUACCACGUGAGCCACAGAAAACGGCGCCAGUAUUUAAAGCGCCUCAGGAGCCUCAAGCAGCAGCGCUUCCAUCGGGUGCUGAGGCACAGAAAUCGAGUGCAGGUCUGGUCAAACCAGGUGUAGCAGGCGUGGACAGGCCCGCAGUGGAAGCAGCAGCGGCGGCUGCAGCUGCAGGUCUGGAUCGGCCGAGACUCGAUGUGACGGUGGAAGGUGGUGGCGCAGUGCUGGGAGAAAGUGAAGCACCAUCGCGUGCUGCUUCUUAUGGAGAGCCAGGCUCGGGACAGUUUGCGGCUGAUUCGACCGAAGGUGAAGCAGCCUCAGGAAUGGAGGAUAUGGUGUUUGAGAGGAGGGAUGUCGGGACUCAGGUGAAUCCUUUAGAGGGGUCGAGUGGGGGAGAGGGAAUGGAUAGUGUGUGGUCGGGGAAGUUGGUCCAGGAGUGGAGUGGAAGACGAGGGGGGCAGCAUCUUGCCAGCGUGACUGAAGGCAUUGCGAGUCAAGCCGAUAUGAGAGAGAGACACGCUACUGGCAGUGAGGCCAGAGCUGGUGAGUUGAGAGAUGGUGGGAAGGAAGAUGGUGGGAAGGCUGAUGGUGGGGAUGCUGCAGCGUGCAGAGAGGAGGAGGAUGCUGGUGCUGCGACUUCUGAGUCCAUUCCACAAGCAGGAGGCAGCAUGGAGUUCAAUGGUGCUGCGACUGGUGCAGCUACUGGUGCAGCUACUGGUGCUGCACACACUGCAUCUCUUAGGGAGGACGAGCGGAUGGGUCGGCAAGGGCAACAGCAGGAUUACGAGCAGCAUAACAGGCAUGGGCAGCAGAAUAACGAUUAUACUCAUGUGCAGCAGCAACAGCAGCAGUUGGGAGAGCAGCAGCUGGAAGAUGCAGAGGAGGAAAAUGAGGGAAGGGAGGAACAUGAGGAGGAGGAGGAGGAGGAGGAGGAGGAGGAGGAGGAGGAGGAGGAGGAGGAGGAGGAGGAGGAGGAGGAGGAGGAGGAGGAGGAGGAGGAGGAGGAGAAGGACGAGAAGGACGAGAAGGAGGAGGAGGAGGAGGAGGAGGAGGAGGAGGAGGAGGAGGAGGAGGAGGAGGAGGAGGAGGAGGAGGAGGAGGAGGAGGAGGAGGAGGAGGAGGAGAAGGAUGAGAAGGAGGAGGAGGAGGAGGAGGAGGAGGAGGAGGAGGAGGAGGAGGAGGAGGAGGAGGAGGAGGAGGAGGAGGAGGAGGAGGAGGAGGAGGAGGAGAAGGAUGAGAAGGAGGAGGAGGAGGAGGAGGAGGAGGAGGAGGAGGAGGAGGAGGAGGAGGAGGAGGAGGAGGAGGAGGAGGAGGAGGAGGAGGAGGAGGAGGAGGAGGAGGAGAAGGAUGAGAAGGAGGAGGAGGAGGAGGAGGAGGAGGAGGAGGAGGAGGAGGAGGAGGAGGAGGAGGAGGAGGAGGAGGAGGAGGAGGAGGAGGAGAAGGAUGAGAAGGAGGAGGAGGAGGAGGAGGAGGAGGAGGAGGAGGAGGAGGAGGAGGAGGAGGAGGAGGAGGAGGAGGAGGAGGAGGAGGAGGAGGAUGAGAAGGAUGAGAAGGAGGAGGAGGAGGAGGAGGAGGAGGAGGAGGAGGAGGAGGAGGAGGAGGAGGAGGAGGAGGAGGAGGAGGAGGAGGAGGAGGAGGAGGAGGAGGAGGACGGGGAAGGGGAGGAGGUGCAAGAGCACGAGGAGGUGUAUGAAUACAUGGGUGUGCGAUCAAGCCUCACUUGUGAGGCGCCUCGAAAAGAGUUGCAAGAGCACCAGGAGGAGGACAGGGAGGAGGAGGUGCAAGAGCACAAGGAGGUGUAUGAGUACAUGGGUCCCACGAACGCACCAAUGGAUUCGGGUGACUAUGACUUGGACACUGCAGCCAGUGGCAGAGCCAGCAGUGGUGCUGAUGCAGCAGCAGCCUCCACUCCACCGCCAGUUUCUCCUGCUGCUGUUGCUGCUGUCACAGCGCCUGCAAGCACGGGUGCAACGCCCAACACCAUCAGUGCAGCCCUCUCCCCUGUACACCCACCUCCGCCUCAAUGGGGUACUGUAGGAGGGAUGGGCUCAGGAAUAGCAGCCAGUCCGAGUGUGACUAUGCAGCAGUGGGGCUAUAUGGGAGGGAUGCGCCCAGGGGUAGCAGCAAGCCCAGGUGUGACUGUAAUGCAGUGGGGCUCGUUUGCAGGGGGGACCGGAACGGGAAAUGGGUUCGGAGGGCUCGGAGCGAGCCCAGGCGUGAUUAUACAGCCAUGGGGCUCUAUCGCGGGAGCAGCUGGAGUUGGGACAGCAGCAGAGUCAGGUGCAAGGAUAGGGGCCGAGGCGACAGCAGGUGCAACCCCAGGUGUGACUGUACAGCAGUGGGGCUCUAACGAAGGGGCAGCAGCACCAGCAGCAGCAGCACCAGCACCAGCAGCAGCACCCACACUAGCAGCAGCGGCAGCAGCAACCCUACCAGGACUAGAAGCUUCCCUAGAGCAGCUGCUACAGCAGAUGAACCCAUCCUCGUUACAAGACGCCAGUGCGAUAAUAGACGCUCUCAGCUUCCAAGCGUCCCUGGCAGCUUCAGCAGGGCUGCCGUUCUCCAACCUGCCCGCUUCACACGGUCAGAGUGGGGGGAGCCCUCCCACCUGUGCUGCAACUGCUGCCACUGAUGCACCGGCCGCUCCUCCCGCUGUUGCCAAUACUACAGGUGGUUCCGCUAGUGAUGAGCCGCCAGGUUCAGCGUGUGAGCCCAUGGAUAUAUAG